GUGGGAACCGUCAUCGGAAGGGGCGGUGAACGCGUGCGACAGAUCCAGACGGACACCAAUACGAGGAUCAGAUUUGAUGACCACUACAGCAGUGGUGGUGGCGAUGGAGAUGAUGGCGAUGGCAAUGGACUCAAUAGGAGUCGACUUGUGGUGAUCAAGGGAUCAGUUGAGGCGACGGCGAGGGCUGAGAUGAUUAUCAAUGAGAUCAUACGACAGCAGUCUUCGGUUACCACCAAAUCAUUCAAAGUGGAGACCUCUUCGGUCGGUUAUAUCAUCGUGGAGACCUCUUCGGUCGGUUAUAUCAUCGGUAGGAAUGGUCUCACCAUUCAGAGUAUUCGCGACAAAUCUGGCGCUCAGAUCAAAGUGGAGCCAAAGAGCAAACAAACGAAUCCAGUGAUGACUUCUCUGGACAUCACCGGAACUGAUGAGCAAAUAGAGGAAGCGUUUGAACUCAUGAACAAAGAAAUCGCUUUAAGAAAUAGUCAGCAAAACAGAUGCCAACAAAACUAUAGCCAAAUGGCAAUACCCGUCACCAAACCACUUACCAUUGAUAUAGAGGCCAGUGAUUCACCACUAGAUUUGGAUCAUUACUUCUCGCGACUCAAUCGCAUCGGUGGUAACGAAGUGUUUGUGUCGGCCGUCAAGAGUCCCGACGAGUUCUACGUCCAAAUCGGUGGCGCCGGCGCUCAACACUUGGAUCUAUUGGUCGAAGAGAUCACUGCUUUCUAUAGCAAUGAAGACAAUAGGAUCUGCAUUAAGCCGACGUCUGUGCGAAUGGGAGACAUCGUUGCCGUUCCCUUCCCUUACGACGACCACUGGUAUAGGGCUCGAGUGGUGGCCAUCGAAACCUCUCUCGAGUCAGAAGUGGAAUCAAUGGUUGAUGUCUUUUAUGUGGAUUAUGGCAACCAAUUAGUGCUCGAAUACAACCAAAUCUGUACUCUUAACGAUCAGUUCUUAAGGAGACUUCCAUUUCAAGCGAUGUGUUGUUCACUAUAUGGUGUUCAACCCAAUGAUCACCUGAAUUGGUCUCAACAGUCGAUUCAGAAGUUUAAAGAGUUAUCACAUUUGGAGAAAUGGAAGCCUUUAUUCGCUAAAGUGAUUGAAAUGAAGAUAAUUGAUGGCAAACACGAGAUGUAUUGUAUUGAUUUGAUUGAUAAGAAUCGAGACAUUAGUAGUAAUGAAGAGUCGAGUGAUGACCGGAACGACAAUCCAAAUGUUAUGCAUUUGAAUAUCGCUCUCGAAUUGAUUGCCAAAGACUUUGCCAUUGCUUGCGAUGACUCGGAAGAUAUAGCUAUUCGUUAA